GUAUAAAACGCAGCAUUUUCCAUCAUGAACACUAGCUUGAGCCACCAUCAACACCAGCUUGGCUCACGCUGGUCAACAUGAUGCUAGCUCUUCUCUCGAAAACUUCACAGUCUUCAGACUCCCUGCGUCCAUGCCUCCCAAACCAGCCAUGGUUGGCGUGAGACUCCCGACUUGUCUGCGACCACUCUUCCGUCCGAGUCCUUACCGUGUCCAAAUACCUACUCUUCUCUCAGGCCGGGCCAACUCGACUGAUGCAUCCGAUGGCUCAACUUCUCCAGACCCUUUCCCGGUCUUUCGCGAUGUUCCAUCUCUGCGAACGCUUCGAAAGACCAUGUACAAGGAGUCAAAGGUAGUGGGCUUUGUCCCCACGAUGGGGGCACUUCAUGAAGGGCACCUGUCCCUGGUCAGGGCGGCCCUUAAAGAAAAUACAGAUGUUUUUGUGUCCAUCUUUAUCAACCCGACUCAGUUCGCGGCGCAUGAAGAUCUGGACUCCUACCCCCAGACAUGGAAACAUGACCUCGAGAUGUUGAGACAAGUUGAGGAGGAGCAUAAUGCAUCAGCUGGCCCUAGCAAUCAUUCUCGUAUUGCAGGUAUAUUUGCACCGACCGUCAAGGUCAUGUACCCAACUCUCCCUCCAUCCUCGGAUAUAUCUGGCGACGGAUCCUUUGUGACCAUCACCCCUCUAGGCAGAGUCCUCGAAGGUGCAUCUCGACCCAUCUUUUUCCGAGGCGUCGCCACAGUCUGUACCAAACUCUUUAACGUUGUUCAACCGGACAAGGUCUACUUUGGCCAGAAAGACGUCCAGCAAUCCGUUCUCAUUCGGCGAAUGGUCAAAGACUUUUUGAUUCCCACCGAGGUCAGGGUGAUCCCCACCAGUCGAGAACCUGAUGGAUUGGCAAUGAGCAGUCGGAAUGUGUAUCUGGGAGAACGGCGACGAGAGGACGUUGUGGUUCUGUCUAAAGCACUUUUUGCCGCACGUGAUCUUUACAAUUCCGGCGUCAUCUCGACUAAGAAGAUCAGGGACGCCGCUUUCGCCGUUUUUCACGAAGCGGCGACCAGGAAGAGGGAAGAUGGUAAACUCGGCGGCCAUUGCCGCCUCGAGAUUGAUUACAUUGCUGUCAGUGAUCCAGACACAAUGACCAUGAUCAGGGAUAAUCAAAAGAUUGAUCCCUCCAGAGGCGCCGUUCUAAGCGCCGCUAUGCUCGUCUUACCCCUUGAUCAUCCAAAGACGCUUGAAGAGCUGGAACAAAAGCAAGUGAGGUUAAUCGACAAUGUUAUAUUGGAACCACGGGAGGAGUCUAGCUGAGAGAACGGUGAUGCCAGACGUGAUAACACGCAUUUCUACCUGCCACAGAUCGUGCGGGCCUUGUCAGUAAACAAUCGAGCCUGCGGAGUCUCUCGGGAUGGUGGGCCACGACUCGCAACGUCAAUCAAAAGACAUCCCAUAGAGAAAUCUUGCCAUCUUUUCCUCCAGCUGCCAACCAGUG